AUGCAUCUAUCGAGUGAAGUGAGUUCGACUACUAACGGGCUUGGGCAUGAAGCUCCAUCUUCCAGUUACGGAGGGAGUGGUCUUCCAAGUCAGCCACUUACAGCAGAGCUUCUAGCAGAGAGAACUCUUGAAGGGCUACUGGCUGAUCAUCCGGGCGAGCUUGUAAAGACUGGAAGCCCUCAUGUGGUAUGCACAGUUUUGCCGCCCCAUUGGCGCUCCAACAAAACGCUGCCUGUGGCGUUUAAGGUCGUGGCGCUGGGGGACGUCGGCGAUGGUACCCUGGUUACAGUCCGCGCUGGUAACGAUGAAAACUGCUCCGCUGAGCUCAGAAAUUGCACGGCAGUCAUGAAGAACCAAGUUGCAAAGUUCAACGACCUGAGAUUUGUCGGCAGGAGUGGCAGAGGAAAAUCAUUUACCCUGACCAUUAUGUUGGCGACAUCGCCGCCUCAAGUGGCGACCUAUCAGAAAGCGAUUAAAGUGACGGUGGACGGACCCCGAGAACCUCGUUCUAAGACGCGGCAUCACGGCUUUCAUCCUUUCCACUUCGGGCCAAGAUUUGCACCUGACCCGCUAAUGGGCUCGCUGCCGUUUAAGUUGUCAGGAAUUGCCCAUCAGCUAGCUGGAUUGCCUGGUGGUGAAUGGGGAGCGUUAGCUCGGCAUUACCCGCCCCCAAUAUUACCCUCACAUGCACAUUUCACACCACACGUGCUGCCAUCUACGCAUGCACAACAUCCACAUGUUCCUCCACCGCCUCACGAAACAGAUGUUGCUUCGGAGAAUCCAACGACAAUGAAUGCACAUAGUACAACGAGUCCUGUCAAUUCGCGCCCAAGUUCGCCACAAGAUGACGACAUCUCUGUCACAGCAUCCAGCAGCCCACCUCCUGACGAUCGCCCUGGAGCUUUUACGUCGGUGACUAGAUCACGUAAACCAUUACAGCCUUUACCAGCACCUUCGAGUCUGUUCCACAGCGCAUUAGCAGCACAACUGUUCCUAAACUCCCCCCUCCUUCCAACUCCUCCUGCAUGGCUAUAUUCUCAAUUAUAUGGAGGAUAUGAUUGGUGGCUAAGACCCACACCCCCACAAGAGGAUUCCAACUCUAGUCCCGAUCGAGAAGAUGAAGGUGCGUCAACAUUGUCGGGGGUUGCAAAGAAAAGAGCGGCAUGUCCCGAAUGGUCAGACCAGGGCGUUAGAACUCGAAGCAAGUCAUUGAUAACACAAGAAAGGCGACCCGUAGACGUUUGGCGCCCAUACUAA